AUGAGGGAGAAGGGAAGGAGUGAUGCAGCCCUGGACCACAAACAAGAGCAGGAAUCCACCCGUGGCCGCUUCUGCAAAACAGCGCAGCUCGUUUGCAAAUUCAUCAGGAGCAUUCGGCAGGAAGAGACCAUCUCCAGGGGUGCUGGGCUCAGAGAAUACUCAGAGGUCCUCAAACAUGAGUCCAGUGCUGCCCUGCUGGAUUUGCUUGUGGAGAGGGGUGUUUUCAGAGCAGAGCAAGUCCCUGCCAUGGUGAGAUACAUCCACCAGUGGCUCACGGCCAAUGAUUCUGCUGAGCACAGGCUGGACAACACCCUGCUGCAUCUCACCGAAGCACAGCCAGAUGACGCAGUAAUGACACUCCUGCGUGUGGCCCCAUCCUGUGACAGAGCUGCCAUGGCCAUGUGGAAGACCAUCAUGUGCUCACCCAGGACUGCGGAGGUGGCGCAGCUGAUUCUCCUGGAUGUGCUGGGGAGCUGGCCAGAGCACAGCACGUGCACCUCCGAUGGGGACAAAACGGGUGUCUUUGCCCUGGCUGCAACGGUGGUGAUGUGGAAGAUCCUCCAGGAGCCCUGUGUCCCACGUAUAGCGACAGCGUAUCUCCCCCGCCUAUUUGUGCAUCUGCUCUUCCAAGUGUUCUUCAGCACUGAACAGAUGCCAAAGAAGGUCCUUACCUUCUGGAAGGGAUGCCAGGAGCAACACGGCCUUGCCACCAGCCCCAACAGGUUUGCAGUGCGGACCCUGAAGUCCCUGCUGUGCCAAAAGCAGUACAAGGGUGUGGUGAUGUCAAUGGAAUGCAAGCGUGGCUGGGACAUGCUGCUCUGUGCUGACACCCACCACUAUGCCGUAGGUCUGCUGGCCAGGGAGAUGCGCCAUGCUUCUCUUGAGUUGUGUUCCAGUAUUGCACUCCACCUCCUCUGGCUGCUCAGCACACAGGAGCCAUGCUGGGAUCUGCCUGCCCUCGCAUUCCUUGUGGAGGUCCUCGAGUGCCUAGAUUCAAGUGAAUGUGGUGACAGUGUUGUGGAGGUCUCAUCAAGGUACCUGCAGAGCGAGUGCAGGGAGAGGCGUCGCCUGGUGCUCAGGGCCCUUCUCAAGCUCAUUGACGAUCCCUCGAUGGCUGAAAAAAUGUGGCGCCUGACUGAAAGCCUCAUGGACCUACUGUGGGACAGUGAUGCUGAGAUAGCUGGGCUGACACUCAUCACACUCAGCUUUAUAUUCUUGCACAAAUCCAUUCUGAUCUCAACUCCCAUUGCCCUGCAGCUGGCUAAGGCACUCCUGCCACUCUUUGACCAUGAAAAUAGCCAGGUACAGCUGCUCUCCAUAAAACUCUUUCAAGACAUGAUGGGGUUUUUGGAAAAGGGAGAAAAGCCUUUGGAAAGGCCUGUGCACUAGAGCCUGCUGCCACUCUUCUUCCACUGCCAUGAUGAGAAUCAGCGUGUGGCAGAGGUGAGGACUCGUGGGCUGUUGCUGUCCCCUUGGGAGGGGGCUCGGCUGCCUCCUGCCCUGGCACCUGGCGGGCUGCAGCCUCCUCCAGGCC